UCCCUAGUCACCUGCCUCAUCAUUGGGCAGCUCACUUGCCCGGUCUUCUGUUGCGUUUUUCAAUGUCAUCAUCAUUUUUCGUCUACAAUGGGAUCUUAUUCCCCACAGCGCUGUCCUCAGCAGAAUCGCUCACCUAUCUGGAAAAAGAAUUUCGCUUCUUGGACGACGAUAUACUGAGUGUCUCUUACCCCAAGUCAGGUGGCCAUUGGAUGGCAGAGAUCUUGUCAGCAAUCCAGCAAGGAUGGGACUCCUCGUGGGUUUGCAGUGAGAAAAUAACCUGGAUCGAGACUUUUGAUGGCCUGAAAGUUGCCUUGAAAUAUCCUCCACCCAGAAUCUUGGCUUCUCACCUUCCAAUAAACCUUUUCCCUAAGACCUUUCUCGAGUCCAAGGCCAAGGUUAUUUACACCCUACGUAACCCCAAGGAUGUGCUGGUAUUGUUCUACCACAGCUAUAAAAAAUGGAAGGACCCUGGAAGUCUGGAGGAGUUCUUGGAGGAGUUCUUAGCUGGGAAUGUGUCCCAUGGCUCCUGGUUUGACCACGUGAAAGGCUGGCUGCAGAUGAAGAAAAGGGAAAACUUCUUUUUCAUCACUGUUGAAGAGUUGAAACAGGACCUUCGAGGGAGUGUGAAGAGGAUCUGCCAGUUCCUUGGCAAGGAGCUGAACAGCCAGCAAAUUGACUCUGUGGUGGAAAACCACUCCUUCAGGAAAGUGAAGAAUGAGUCUAUACCCAUCUCAUCUCGGAAGCGAGAAAGUAUUUUGAUGCAAAGUAAACAGCCGCUUGUGCUGACAGGGCUCCCCGGGGAUUGGAAACACCACAUCACAGUGGCACAGAACGAACGCUUUGACCAUUUUUAUCCAUCUCACAUUAAGGGUGUGGGCGUGAGUUUCCCCUGGGACUGA